ACCCCCCUUUCAUUAUCGAUUUCCGUGUCAAGCAAGCAUCCAUACCACACACUACACUCCCCAAUUUCUUAACCCACGGGCAACCCAUAAAAAUCCCAUCUUCGUUUCCUACAAAGCUUUACUUUUCUUGUACAAAACUUUACUUGCCUUCUAAUCUUUUCACCAAACCCACCUGUAUAAUUUUUCAUUUUCUUGAUGGGUUUCUAUUUGUGAGAUAAGUUUUGGGUUGAAUCUUGAUUUUGUGUUUGUUUUGGAUUAUAAUUAAUCUGAGAGUAAAGAUGGGUCAGGAGGUGGUGGCGAUGGUGGGCACAGCAGCGCCAGCGGCGGGGAUGGGAGGUCGGCCGCCGACUUCUUUGGCCCCUGGGUUCAGGUUUCAUCCUACAGAUGAGGAGUUGGUGAGAUACUAUCUGAGGAGGAAGGCCUGUGGAAAGCCCUUUCGGUUUCAAGCUGUUACUGAAAUUGAUGUCUACAAAUCUGAGCCCUGGGAGCUAGCUGAUUAUUCGUCGCUGAAAACGAGAGAUCAAGAAUGGUACUUUUUCAGUCCUGUGGAUAGGAAGUAUGGCAAUGGGUCUCGGCUAAAUCGUGCAACGGGCAAAGGGUAUUGGAAAGCAACUGGGAAGGAUCGGUCUGUGCUUCACAGAAACCAGACUAUUGGAAUGAAGAAAACUCUUGUUUUCCAUAGUGGGCGAGCUCCUGAUGGGAAGAGGACGAACUGGGUAAUGCAUGAGUAUAGGCUUUGCGACAUAGAAUUGGGAAGGGCUGGAGUUUCCCAGGAUGCAUUUGUGCUUUGUAGAAUCUUUCAGAAGAGUGGUUUAGGACCACCCAAUGGGGACCGGUAUGCACCUUUUGUCGAGGAGGAAUGGGAUGAUGAUGCAGCCCUUGUGGUUCCUGGUGAAGAGGCUGAAGAUGAUAUGGCCAAUGGAGAUGAAGAAAGAAAUAAGGGCAAUGACCUUGACCAGCAGGAUACCCGUCCUCACGGCAUGGACUCGAUGCAAAAUCUUCUGUUUCUUUGCAAGAGGGAGGGAUCAGAAGAUCCUGAACACCUAUGUUUAGCUCAAAAUAAAAGAUCAAAGCAUGAUGAUGUUCCCAACUCCAGCCAUGCAAAUGGAUCAGAAGAUUCAACUACAACAAGCCAGGAUACCAAAACAAAGAUGACGACGACAAAUUCUCCCAUAGCACUUCUGGAAUAUCCUUUAUUAGAACCAGUCGAACCCAAAGAAAACCAAAACAACCCUACUACAUUUGACUCUUCAAACCUGGAGAAAUCUGUCCCCCCUGGAUAUCUGAAAUUUAUCUGCAACUUGGAGAAUGAAAUCCUAAAUGUCUCCGUGGAGAGGGAGACUUUGAAGAUUGAAGUGAUGAGGGCUCAAGCUAUGAUCAACGUUCUCCAAUCACGCAUAGAAAUGUUGACCAAAGAAAACGAGGAGUUAAGACACCAUGUCCGGGAAGGGUAAUAGGACGUGGGACAUUAUCCAAUCAUCCAUGUCUUCAAAACUAGAAGAUGAGACGAGCAAGGGCCUUGAGACACUUAAAUGUUCACCUUGCCUAUGCAGUCUUCGUUUAGUUUUUUAAUGUGAUCCGGACAAAUCCAUCAGUCGACAAUGCUUUCAUAUUUUGAAUUGACUUGUUCAAUAAAAAUCAAAUUCUAAGUCAUGAUCUUUAUCUUA